AUGGCAGCGCCGCUUGUUGCUGCGAAGCAGCGCAUUCGAGUCAUGAUGAAGCAGAAGCUUGCCACGCUUUCAUCUGACUCCAUCGCAACACAGAGCCGCGUGCUGUUUGAGUCACUCCAGUCGUUCCAGCCCUACAAGGAGGCGAAACGCAUCAGCGUUUACCUCUCCAUGCCCGGUGGCGAGAUUCAGACAGAUGCCAUCGUCCGCCAUGCACUGCAGAAUGGCAAGCAAGUCUUCGUUCCUUACCUGCAUAAGGCGCAACCGGACCCUCAGAACCCUCACUUACCGGCGCGCGUCAUGGACAUGGUCCAGCUCUCGGGACUAGCCGAUUAUGAAUCUCUUAAACCGGAUAAAUGGGGCAUACCGAGCAUAGACCCCGCUACCGUGAACGAGAGGAACCGCAUUCUCGGCUCCGGGACUGAGGAAGCGCGGCCAGGCUUGCUGGGCUUAGAUCUCAUUUUCAUGCCAGGUGGGUUUUAUGACUUCUUCAUCUCUCGGUAUUCUCACAUGUAUCCCGCGAGGGACGAGUUUGGACGGCCUUCCGUAUUGUUGUAUGGGUUGGCCCUCAAGGAACAGUUUCUCAUGCACCCAGAGGAGGAGGGCAUCCCUGUUGGCCCUCUGGACGAGCCUCCGCACGGAAUCGCUGAUACUGAAUCAUGUCUCCUCUACUCCACUCUAAUUUCGAAUGCCGUCACCACCUAG